UGGGUCCCAGGUGCUGCAGCCGUCGAAGAGCAUAUCUCGGAGGCUGCGGCCGCAAGGGAGGGCGAAUUGAAGGUGUUGUUGGUAUACGAAAGGUCACUUGAGAAGGCAGUGGAUGAGGGGCAUUAACGCGCAUGAAGGGGCAGACCCUAACACUCUACUUGCGAUCUUGCCUGGUUGGCGUGACAACUGCCCGAGCGGGCAUAGACCAACCGAUCAACGCCGCGCGAAAUGCUUGAUUAGCAAUCCAUUGGUCGGCUCUUGCCCGUUCCAUCCAAUUCAUAAUCGUGACAAAACACACAAGAUGCAACUGCGUCCCGCUGCAAACGAGCCCGAAUCUCAGCCGAACUAUAGCCCUGCGACGGCGCAACGGCCCUGCAGGGUCGACUUCCUCCACCCCGGCUACCCCGGAAGGGCAGUGCUUCUCUCGCUGCCCGCACUCGACGAUGGCGGCAUCGACUUCGACACGGCGCUGGUGGCCUGCGGCCUUGUUGCCGGCAACCGGUGGAAUGAUGGGUUCUUCUCAUUAGACCGCAGCGGCGCCGUGAGUGUGGAGCGCCCGGAUGACGGCAUCCUGCGCGAGCCGCAGUACUUCUUUCACCUUCCCGGCCCGCUUAAUCCUCCAUACCCCACUGUGCCGCGUUUCUCACACUGGCGCUUCCCGCAUAAUGAUUUACCACCCUUGUGGCAAAGAUGGGCGGCAGAUGCGGCGGCGACACGCAUGGGAGGAGAGGCGGCUCGGCGCUGCGUACUCUCCAACUACGGCGACGGCCUGGAGAUGGCGCACCUGGUACCGGCCGGCGAGGACAACUGGUGGCUUUCGAACCAGAUGCAACAGUACUCGCCCACGCAGCUGUUCUCAACCGACCCGAUUGACGGACCAGCGAACCUCCUGACGCUGCGGGCGGAUCUCCAUAGCGUCUUUAACGAGAGACAUUUUUGUUUUGUUCCCAAGGUUGGGGAAAAGAGUGGGGGAGACGGCAGUGAGGCAGAUACAGGUCGCGACGGAGCCACAGCUGAGCGGAAGCCGCCGCAGCUCGUCCUGCACGUCUUCAACUCGACGCCCAGCGGACAGCUCCCGAACCUCUGGCACAACCGCGCCGUUCACCCCAUCCCCGCGACGGUGGCGGUAGAGUGUCUCUUCGCGCGUUUUGCCUGGACCAUCUUAAGCCCUCGUGUCUUUGAUAUGUUCCUCCCCUCGACGUCUGUGCCGAGGCGCCUGCUCCUCUGGAACCGCGAGAAGGGUGAAUGGGAGACUGAAGAGGCUAGUCCCGAGAUGUGCAGGAAGAUGUGGAAGAAUGCCAGGUCUUGCUCUCCUAGGAAGAGAAGCGCACCGAGGUCUGCCGAUGCCGCUGAGGAACUGCUGGCAAAGGAGAGCCCCAGGCUGUAUGAUAGCGGCUACUUUAGGGCAGAUACCUCUGAGAACGAUGGCUGCUAUAAUGACGAGCUCGGCCCUGCUGAGCGGCAAGAGGACCAGCCUCGGGGGCGGUCACGGAAGCGGAGGCACAGCUUCGAGGAGGAGCAAGAUUGCAAGGACUCUGACCGGUCUCGACUGAGGAGAAGGAUGCUGCUUUCGAUACCGAGCUAGCUUUCAAGAUCGUAGCGGACGGCUAGCGAGGGGAUAGUGAUCUGGCAGGACAC